ACUAUUCGCAGCUUCCAGUCCACCGUUCUUUCUUCCUUCUUUUCCAUUACUCAUUCGCUUCUUCGAGCUCUGGUAGCUCUCUACUUUCGCUGUACAGAUAUCCCUUACAAAUCUGCGAUUAACAAGAGACCAAUUAUCCACCAUGUUCUCAACCCUCAUUAUCGCGGCAGUUGCCCUCCCUCUCGCUUUGGCUGCUCCAGCCCCAUACCGUCUCCCAGAAAGUGUGUUCCGUCGCCAGCUCAACGAUACGUGCGGUCUCUCCACUGUCCAACAGCCUCCGAGCAAACUCACGCCUCCUGGCGACCACAACCAACUGGUACUCAUCGCGCUCGGCCAAGGAACACAAAACUACACCUGCACCAACGAAACUGCAAUUCCAGCUUCCAUUGGUGCCGUGGCCAACCUCUUCAACGCUUCUUGUGCCGUCUCUCAAAAGACUUCUCUUGGGUCCGUAGCGGAGGACGCCAAUGCUGUUGGCCAGCACUUCUUCGUCGACAAUACCACUCCCGAAUUCGACAUUAUUGGGCUUGGUAACACACAGCUCAAGAAGGCCGAGGCUGACCCCGCCCCCAAUGCCGCUACCGAUGUCCCGUGGCUCAAGCUUGAUGCUACGAACACGAACACUGCAGUAAGGAGCAUCUACCGACUCAACACUAAAGGCGGCGUAGCACCCGCCACUUGCGCCGGACAGGCUGCAGGUGCCGUCGUCCAGGUCGAUUACGAAGCUCAGUACUGGGUGUACGCUUGCCCGGACGCGAUGGCUGCCCGCAGACAGAAGAGAAGUCUCGGGCUCCCGCUCAACUAGAUACGUAACAGUGUGUUAGUAGCGCGGAUGGUGGGUGGUGGUAUCCGGGGAGGUCGGCUAGCUGUGGAUGUACUGCCAUGGGGGUGUUGUUUCUUUUGAUGUUGAUGCAAUGGUUUCGACUGGAUAUCUGUAUCAGCUUCGGUGUUUAUCUGUCCCUGUAUGUUAAAAUCGCAACUGAUGUGUAGGA